GAAGUUAGAAUGGUCGUUAGGUGUACAGUGCUGUGUUUAAAAAAAAAAGAAAAAGAAAGAAAGAAAGAAAAGAAAAAAAGACUUUAAAUAAUGUGUAUAGCACUUUAGCUUGUUUUUUAGCAACCGUUAACACUCAUUGCUGGUUUGCUAAAUUAGCUAGCCUAGUGAGCAGCUAGUCAUGGUGAAUGAGUUAGAGACAGUAUUAUGGAAACCGGUUCAUGAAGGAACAUUACAGGCUCUGUGCGCCCCUUCUCUCUUCAAAUUAAGCCUCAUUAACUUCAUUAAUUAACAGUUAUUCAGUGCAUGGAGCUAUAUUAUUCCAUGUCCUGAAAGGUGUAUCAUGGAGCUCCCGAACUACAGCCGACAGCUCAUGCAGCAGCUGCAGACUUUGCGAAAAGAGUCCCAGUUCUGUGACUGCACCAUCCUGGUGGGGGACGUGGCUCAUCCGGCGCACAAAGUGGUCCUUGCCGCCUCCAGCCUGCUCUUUAAGUCUCUCCUCGAGACUUCAGACAGCAUCUCCAUCGACACGGCAGUGGUCACGGCGCAGGAGUUCUCCUCUCUGCUGGACAUGGCCUACUCGGGCAGACUGCUGCCGGGCAAACACGACUUCACGCGUGUCAUCGCCGCCGCAGACAGCCUGCAGAUGUUUGACGUGGCUGUCGGCUGUAAGAACAUCCUGGACGAGCUUGUGAAACAGUCUGAAGAUGCUCAGGGUUUAAAAAAUCACAGGGAUGUUCCUUUGUGUGAAAGAGAAGAGCCAAGACAACUUGAUGCUUCUGGACAAGAGUUUGUGUUACAGGGACAUGGGGACAAUACGAAGAGUCCAAGAAACAGACUGGAGUCAAAAAAUGAAGAUGGUGCUGUGGAGCUUCUUUCUCACAAACGGGACGAUCUCAUAAGGACCCUGCAGGACAUCCAGCCAUGGAUCAACAUCCUUCGCACCUGGAACGCACUUUCAAGCCAGCAACAGCAUAUGUUGCUGGAGUGUUUUGAAGGAGAUCCAGGUGUGGACGUGGUUUUCCAGCGCCUCUUGGACCAGGACAAUGAUGGCCGUGACGUCUCAGUCCAGGCUGUUGUUACGCUGCUGGAGAAGAUUAAAAGCAUAAAGCCUGAUCUGGAGUCAGUGGAGGUGGUGCUGAAGGAGCAGACAGGACCGGACCUCAAAGUCAAAGGGGGAUCUGUGACCGAGGUUGCCAGGUCUUCCGGAUAUCAGCGUGACCUCGCUUCAGACCUGACUGACUACCUCACAGGUGUGGAGAACAUCUCUGAACUGCUCACACGGACAGCAGAUAGAUGCAAGAGCGAAGACGUAAAGCAGGUUCUGCUGGAAUGCAGUGGAGAGCAGAAUCAGGAGCAGGUGCUGAGGAAGCUGGUGAGAACGCUGACUGAGAGAGGAAUAGAGGAAACGUCUGUACUGCUGCUGCUAAAGGAGGCGGAGGACAGCAGCACAAAUACUGCAGAUAAGAGGAUGGACGACCGCAUUGGUGUGUCGCUGCUGAGAACUUUCCAGAACAGACUGUGUGCGCUGAACCUGGAGGCUCAGAUCAUCAGGCGGAGUUUGGAGGAAGGGCCUAGCAUCUCGUCUGACCAGAGAGAGGUCCUGCAGAAAGAGGCUGACGGGAAAGUGGAGAAGCUGCUCAGAGCUGCUCUGGAUGGAGGUUCGGUUCAGCCUCUGACGGUAUGGAGGCUCCUGUUCUGGGCCGCGACUCACAACCCGGAGCUCCGACUCGUCACGCAGGAAAUCAGAGCGAAGCCAGAAGCUCAGGAACUCAUACACACUGUUGCCCGAGUGGAUGCCUUGUUCAAGCACAAAAAGCUCAUUCUGGAAACAAUCAAUGAAAUCCCUGACCUGGAAAGAGCCGUGGGCGGUUUGGACCACGAUAAAGACGUCACUGAGUUCCUGCAGAGCUGCCGUGGUGCUGAUGGAGGAACGGAGUCCGUGCAGCAGGUUUUGGACCGAGUACUGAGCAGAGAGUCGCAGCACGUCCAGCCGCUUUGCCAUCUCCUGUCCAUGAGCCAGGCGAGCUUCCCCCAGCUUUCUGUCCUCAUCGAGGAGCUCAGACAUGUUGAAGUGGAAAACAAUGAGGAGACGGCAGGCUCAGAGAAAGAGGAGGAGGAAGAGGAGAAGGAUGAAGAUCACACACACAGGAGGAGGAAGGGUGUCGUCGUGUCCUACAGCUGCCAGUGGUGCAACAAGACCUUCGACUUCAAGUGUCGUCUGCUAAAGCACAAGAAGCAGUGUGCGUUCUGUCCGGACAGAGUGCAGCGCUGCGCCGAGUGCUCCGCCGUGUUCCCGUCAGUCACAGCCCUGCAGCAGCACCGAGCCGAGACUCACAACGGCCCUCCGGUUAAGAGGAAGAAAGUAGAGCCAGUGUCGUGUGAGAUCUGUGGAAAAACAUUUAAACACCCUUCAGGUCUGUUGUACCACAGACGCACUGAGCAUUUGGAGGAAAGGCCGUACGCGUGUGAGGAAUGCGGCGCCAAGUUCGCCGCCAACUCGUCCCUGAAGAACCACAUGCGGCUGCACACAGGGGAGAAACCGUACCGCUGCAAGCACUGUGACAUGAGCUUCGCCGUGGCCGCCGCGCUGUCCUACCACACCAAGAAGAAACACUCAGAGGGUAAGAUGUACUCGUGUCAGUACUGCUCGGCUACGUUUGCGCAGUCCAUCGAGCUGACGCGGCACGUGCGCACACACACAGGAGACAAACCGUACGUGUGUAGAGAGUGUGGGAAAGGAUUCAAACAGGCCAACGGGCUCUCAGUACACCUGCAGACCUUCCACAAUAUCUCAGACCCGCACGACUGUCAGAAGUGUCGAGUGAGCUUCAGUUGUCUGGAGAAGCUUCGAGAACAUAUUCAGGAGGUUCACCCUAAAGAGCUGCACCAGUGUCCUGAGUGCAAUAAGAUCCUGAACACCGCGGCUCAGCUGGAGAAACACAUGAGCGUCCACGACGGCAGCAAACCCUACAGCUGCCAGAGCUGCCACAAAUCCUACCAGACUCUCUCAGGGUUGUGGUACCACAAUCGCACCACACACCCGGACGCGGUGACGGCGGAGGGCGGUCGCUCGAUUUCACACCUUCUGCACUGUAAGAUCUGCGACAAGACCUUCUGCAACAGGAGCAGCUUGUUUAAACACAACAUAACCAAACACCCAGAAACUCGUACUGUGACUGAAGAGGGUGAAAAGGAGGCACAGGCAGAUGCUGUUGUGUGGAGGUGUGUGUACUGUCCUCGUGCUCUGAGCAGCGAGCAGGAGUUGCAGCAGCACAUGUCGAGCGAACACGUGAGCCAGCAGGGAUCCGUGUUUGCCUGCGCCGUCUGCUCGCUGUCCUUCCUCUCCGAAGCCGAGUUCCAGCAGCACUUCCUCACCAACCAUGUGCAGCUUGUGCAGGAGGAGGGGCUACAGGCUCAUAGCUCCACCUCCCAAAUGGUGAUCCAGACAGAAGAUGCCUCAGCUGAAGGGGCGGCACAGAUCGUCGGGCUCGACCAAUCACAGCUGGCCGGCUCCCAACAGGUGUUUGUUGCCCUGGGCGACGGCGGGGAGGCAGCGGCUGACUCGGGGAUCGUUGCCGUUAAUAUGGAGGACUUGCUGACGGGCCGUGUCACGCUGAUCUGUGAGGAGAACCAGUAGAGUCAUGUUUAUACAGGAGAACAAAUAUGUUAGCAAAACACACACACACAUACCCACACACAUACACACAUAUACACACACACACCUUUCUGUUUCAGAUUUAAACUUUAAAGGGUUCAUGUUUUUUGAAGCAUAUAAUUAUACACCAUAUAUUAUAGACAAACACAGCAUAUUAAUCUGCUAUUACCUGAAAACACACACAGCUCAUGGUGCAGAUUCAAGUCUAUAGCUCUUCAGGAUAUUAGAGGUUCUGUAUGUGUGUGUGUGUGUGUGUGUGUGUGUGUGUGUGUGUGUGUGUGUUCGCACCACAUGUCGUAUAUGAGAUGAAGGAGGGCCAGAUGGCAGAUGGAAAGACAACAGCAUGGUUCAGGCUGCUGCUGAUGAGCAGGUUGACUGAUUUAUAUCAUUAUAUAAUGUUUAAAUUGCUAACUGAUGAGACGGCGAAUGUUUAUGUGACUGCAUAUACAGCAACCAGUAAUUUAGUUUUAAUCUUAUCAUCUUACUGUCUCUGAGGGGCGUUAUAUAUGCACAGGAAAAUGAGGCAUUAUUGAUUUAUAAAGCUGCUGUGGUAAUGAUUGCAUAGUGUGUGUGUGUGUGUGUGUGUGUUCACCCUGUCUGUCUAGACAUCUCUGGGGACACCAAGUGUCCUGUCUUUACUUUUAGACAUUCCUUUUAGUCCCAGAGACACCAAGGCUGUAUCAAAAUAAUGACAUUUCAAUUUCACUAUUUUUAUUUCUCUUGUAAAGCGAAAAUUAAAUUCAGGAAGCAGACGGAAAUUCAGCCACAAGGUGUACAUAUUUCGGGAAGGAGAUAAAAUCCAUAAAUGACUCCUAAUAAUGUAAUUUGAAAUGGUUCUUAUUCUGCAAAGCGAAGAUGUACACAUAUAGCACCUAAACAUCGAACAUCAGUAGAGGUGACAUUAAAGGUGCGUUAGUCAAUAUUAGUCGAGAUUGGAGCUCUCUCGUUUAGAAGAUGACGUGACAGUACUAGGUUUUUAAACUAGUAAGAAAUAAAAGAAAAUGACUAUAGCAGCUUUAAGUCCAAAAUCAUCCUUGUAAGGAUGUCAUCAAAAAAUCAGUGCACACCAUUAAAGGAACUAUUUGGCCAAAAGUAAAUUUUCACAAUUCUUCUCUUACCCCAGUAUGUACCCAUGUAUUUUUUUUUUGUCUGACAGUGUCAUUUGGACAAGUCUGAUCUCGAAGUGCAGUUUACUUUAGCACUGUACACUGUAGCUUUACUGUAGCUCCAGUAUAAAACUAAAGAAGUAAACUUCAGAUGCUGAAAAUGUCUUCCCUGAUCAACUCCAUUUUCGCUAAGUUGGAGGGUUAACACCAUUAGUGCCUUUUCCUCCUGACAUUUACAUGCAGCACAAAGGGAUUAGUGUGUCAGAGGAAAACUUGUUGGGAAAACCUGCUCCCUUGCACACGGCUGAUUAAUUUGUGUUGUGAGAUUUCUGUGGAGGUUCUUCAAAGAACCUGUAAACCUUUAACGAUAUAUCAUCUCUCUAACUAGCUCGAAUACAGUAAUAACAUUACAUUAGCUGCAAUGUACCGAUGGACUAUUUAGCUACAUAAGACGAGAUUUUAAAAAAUAAUAAAUUCACGUUAUAUUUUGAAACAGUAUUUUAUUGCUGAUGUACAUUUAUACAAACCACCAAAUCACUGCCAUCUUAUACCAUUUAACUCUUUAAUCCCUAAGCCUAGAAGUACAUAUUAUAUAUUCUCUAAAAUCUCUCACUGCAGUUCCUUUUGUGUAAGUUCUGAUCCUAAAGUGUACACGAGUGUUGACUCGUCCUCCGAGGGGUAAGCAAACAAACUCCACUCGAGCUGAUUACAUAAUGGAAUUGACUUUAGGAUUGUGAAAUCACCAGAGUGUGCUCCAGAUGCUCUUCAAAAAGAAAUAAAACAACACCACAGCAGUAUAGUGUAUUAAAUCCACCCAUCAGAGAUCAGCUGCUCACUAAGUGUAACAAUAUGGUACGAUAGUUUUAGGAAAACUUUGUGCCAAAAAGUGUUCUCGUCCCCAUUAAGUUGAAAUCGGCUUUAAAUGUAGUGUCCUUUAGAAUAAAUACACAAAUACAUCAAAUACAAAGUUGACCUUUAUUCAAGCAUUUAAGUUUAAAACCACAAUGAACUCAGAGCAAAACCUCAGUUAACAAAUACUCGAUAAAUCAAAAUUAAAAUCCUCACUCUGAGAGCAACAGGGUUUUUUUUUGUCCCGUGAUUCCUUUCAGUGUGUAAUGUGAAGCUCAACAGGCCAAAGGACCUCAGGGGUCUCAGUUUUCAACCGUGCGUACACAUCGGUUUGUGCGUAAACUUUGUGACCUUUUGACCUUUUUCUACAUCAUUUAAUAAUAAUGUCAUUUAUCAAGUUAUUCUUUUUGAUUGAGGACGUGUGUAUAGUGUGAAUUACUCCUGGCCAUGAGUAUGCGCAAACCCUUGUUCUGAGCACCGAAGUCAGCAAUGAUGCUGACAUGACUGAUGAAAAAUUAAUUUUUCCUUGAUUACACUUUUCUACCGCUAAGGGUUUGUGUGUACGCGGGAUCAAGAGUAAAUCUAAGUAAAGGCACAUCCUCACACACGAGUAGGAAUGAGCUGCCAAUCAGUUAUACAGUAUACCACGUAUAUAAUAUCACGACCACAUAAAAUACUUGUUUCUGAUGGGUUGACAUAUGUAUGUUAUUUUCUGCUACUGGAAUUCUCUAAAGCAGAUUCAUACACGAGAUAUAGAAUGUAACCAUGACAACAAGGCCUCUAUUUAUGCAUUGUUAUUGCCGUUAGCACGUAACAGACUUUCCAUCAUUUCAUGGUUCUUCCCUUUUUUGCCUUAUCUUUUACAUAUACACACACACACACACACAGACACACACACAUUAUUAUUGUAUACGCUUCAAAAUAUUGCUAACUGGGGAUAGGCACCAUUUUAAAGGCCACACAAGGGCAGCUAUUAUUAUUAUUACCAAAACCAUUAGUAAUAAUUCAUGUGUUUUUAUAUGGACAGUGUAAAGGCAGAGUGACUGGAAACAAUUAAAAAUGUCAGUAAGGUCAACAUUUACCUCAGAUGAGCUGGUAAAUUCCUAAAGAAAUACUCCAGAAAUUCUCAGUAUAGCUAAAUUUCAACGCAGCAGCACACGUACUGAGGAUAAAACAAUCCUGUUCACCACAUGAGAGUGCCAUAAAAGCUAGGAAAACUUGACAAACUUGAACUCUUGCUAAGUCUAGCUUGUAGCUAAAACUCUUUCCUGUGCUAUACCGUUAUAAAAGGUUAGGAAAAUUAUCAUAAAUAUCAGAUACUGACACACGUCUAAGAGGAAGCAUAAUACAGCUGUUAAAGUACAGAUGUACACACAUUAUUCCGUCCAGAAACAUACUUCUCGAAUUAAAGUGAAGUAUCAUUUCUUUAAGCGCGCACACACACACACACACACACACACACACACACAAAAAC